AAGAUGACUACAGCAUACAGCCUGUUGCUCUCAGUGGCUUUGACAAGCUUGACACUGACUGGCGCAUUUGGAGCUGAUAUCAUCAAUGGCAAAAAAGCCAAGAAGAGCUCCAUGCUUUACAUGGCAUCAGUUCAGAUUAAAGGACAACACAAAUGUGGAGGAUUCCUGAUCGACCCGAGCUACGUGCUCACGGCCGCACACUGCGAUGAAAGUGGCAACAUGACUGUGGUCCUGGGCACCCACAACAUCAGUCCACAAGGGGCGAAACUGAAAAGAUAUACAGUACAACAUAUACAUAAGCACCCAUCUUUCAAAAACGUGAAAACUGGCAAUGACAUCAUGCUUCUGAAGCUUUCCAAAGGUGCCAAAGGUGUGAAAACCAUCAAAUUCCCGAGCAAGGACAAACCAUUGAAGCCUAAAUCCAAGUGCCAGGUUGCUGGAUGGGGUAAAACCGAAAAGGAUAACGUGGUGACCGAUCUGCUGGUCACAGACGUGUUGACUAUCAACUUCACAAUCUGCAAGACUAUGUGGGAAAAACUGCAAGUAAACCUCCCAGAAAACAUCCUGUGUGCUGGAGGCUCCAAGACUAAAAGUGGCGCUUGUCAGGGCGAUUUGGGUGGACCGCUAGUGUGCAGUGGGAAAGCGGUGGGCAUCGUCUCUUUGGAUCGCUGCGACUACCCAAAUGUUCCCAAUAUUUAUACAGAAAUUUCAAAAUACAGAGUAUGGAUCAAGAAGGUGAUCAAUGGAGGUGCCUGAUAUCGUUGAAACUGAAUUGUAUUGUUGUGCAGGGUGGGUUGUGUUGUCAUUCAGUAUCAUUUUGUUGUUUCUUAGAUCUUGUAGGUGCAUGAGGCAUGUUUGCUUCAGAACAUGCAUUUGCUGCCAAAUUCCAUACUCUAAGUUCUCAUCAUUCGUUGUAUUUCCGUAGGUUUAAACAGAUCUCUGCUCAUCUAUUUAGGCCAUAAUGCACACAAAACCCACAAACCCUGUAUUUUUUCCACGCGCAAUAAGUUCUCUUAAUCUAACAUCUGUUAAUAAAACGUAAGCGGCCACAGAACACUUUCAAAAUGAGUCAAGACUUGCAGAAAAUGGUUGGGGUCCAUCUUGACACAAAUGCAGCAUCACUCUGUGGUAAAGCCGAAUAGUGUUACUAACUUCUGCUCUUAUGUGGUUACCAGAUCGUUUCCGAGAUUAACUCCCAUAGCUUUGUAAACAAUGUUUAAAAAACACAUUUACACAGAAGAACUCCAUCAAAAUAGUUGGCAUGAUUUAUUUUACAUUAGACAAAGCAACACGGGAUUAUAAACUAUACAAAAAACUACAUUUGUGUCUAUAUGAAAGGUCAAUUUUAAUGAGCCAGUGCCAGAACACAUAUAUUUUUAUCUUCAAAUUAGGAUUCACCUUGAAGUUUUACAACUUCAAGAUACAUUUUUUAGUUAUUUCUGCAAACAAAGAGCACAAU